CUUGGACUAUAGAAGAUGAAGAGUCUACUUUUUCUGGUGCUGAUUUCUUUCUGCUGGGCUGACCAUCAUGCUGCCAACUUCACUCUGGAGCAUGACAGAAUUAUUCACAUCCAUGAAAAUGGACCUCACCUUUUUGUGGAAGCAGAACAAACUAAACUUUUCUCACAUCGUGGUGGCAAUGUCACACUGCCAUGUAAAUUUUACCGUGAGCAUGCAUCAUCUGACUCAGGAGCCCAUAAAAUUCGGGUCAAGUGGACCAAACUCACCUCAGAUUACCUCAAGGAAGUGGAUGUCUAUGUUGAAAUGGGAUACCAUAAAAAAAGCUACGGAAAUUACCAGGGAAGAGUCUUCCUAAAGAAAAGCACAGAAAAUGAUGCCUCUCUUGUAAUCAAUAAUAUAAUGCUGGAGGAUUAUGGGAAAUACAAAUGUGAGGUGAUUGAAGGGUUAGAAGAUGACACAGCUGUAGUCUCUCUAGAUUUACAAGGCAUUGUAUUUCCUUACUCCCCACGCCUGGGUCGCUAUAACCUGAACUUCUACGAGGCUCAAAAAGCCUGCCUGGACCAAGAUGCAAUUAUAGCUUCAUUUGACCAGUUGUACGAAGCCUGGAGGUCAGGACUGGACUGGUGCAAUGCAGGCUGGCUCAGUGACGGGUCAGUGCAAUAUCCCAUCACAAAUCCCAGGGAGCCUUGUGGAGGAAAGAACACAGUGCCUGGAAUCCGGAAUUAUGGCUUCUCUAACAAAGAUCAAAGCAGAUACGAUGUCUUCUGUUUUACGUCUCAUUUUAAUGGUCGUUUUUACUACCUAAUACACCCAACCAAACUCACCUAUGAUGAAGCCGUGCAAGCCUGCCUCAAAGAUGGUGCACAGAUUGCUAAAGUAGGUCAAAUAUUUGCAGCCUGGAAACUUCUAGGAUAUGACCGCUGUGAUGCCGGCUGGCUGGCUGAUGGCAGCGUCCGGUACCCCAUCUCCAAGCCAAGGAAACGCUGUAGUCCUACUGAAGCAGCAGUACGCUUUGUGGGCUUUCCAGAUAAAAAGCACAAGCUCUAUGGUGUCUAUUGUUUCCGGUCAUACCAGUGAACAUACCUAGAGCACAACAAUUUCAAAUCCAUCAAGAACAUGUGAAAGAUUUUCUUUCAGUAUGAACUCAUGCAAGUUACAAAAACUGUGAUAAAUCUUUUUUACUUACUGUAAAAAGUCAUUUUCAUAAAACCAGUCCAUUAAUUUUUUUGAUUUUUUUAAAGCUAUCAUUCAAUAGAUAUUUUAAAUUAAUAUAAUUUAAAGGAACCUCUAGGUAAGGAAGUAUUUAAAGUGUAAUUGUUUAAGCGACAUCAUUCCAUAAAACAUAUUUUGGUGAAUGGGGCAUGCAAUAGCUUGAAGAUUGCUAUGACUACAUUAAGGAAUGUAAGGCUACUCAAAGAAAAAAAAACUUUCCAAGGACAAAGUUUACAUAUUUGUAUUAUGUUGAAAAAGACCAGAGGAUAAUGACUGUGAUCUGAGGUCUAAACUACACUCUUUUUCUUAACUGGCAUUCCAUAUGGUUUUGAAUGGAGUUGUUUUUUAAGACAAACAAAAUUUAAAGCCUCAGUGUUUAUGAAAUCUAUUUAAAUUAUGUUUUAGCAAAACAGCCAGUUAAAUAAUUCCAUAACAUUCCAGCAAGCACAGUUAAAUCUUCUGAAAACUUCAUUCCUGGUUUUAUUGUGUAUGCAGUAGAAAUGUGUGUAUGAAUAAUUAAAGAGCAGACCCUACUUUCUUCUUAAUAUAACCUAAAUAUGGCUGAAAUAGUUUGCAUUACUUUCGACUAGCUGUAUGGAGGCUUUUAUUUAAAAAGAAUUCAAAAGGCCAUUUUGCUAAGCAGCAUUUAGCAUCUACUCAGGGCAGUUAUGUAUUAAUGAACUGCUGGACAGAAAACAAAUGUAUUAAAUUUAGCAGCUUGAUUUCAUGUUAGCUUUUAAAAUAUUAUUGUCUUUAUAAAUGGAUCAUUAAAAUAUUUAAUACUUCUUUCUUAGUUACACAGAUAAGAGUUAAACAUUUCAAUGAAUUUUGAAAGUUAUCCAUUCUGUGAUUUAGAAGAUCACUUGCAAUCAGUUGCAGAAAAUCACUUUCAAGUGAUUUAGAUCACUUGCAGGGGAAAUAUCUCUAUCCCUCAACCAGUUCCCCAUGUUCAUUCCAAUUUGUAAGUGUCUGAAAGUUCUUGUAUGAGUAUUUCCAUUUGUUUUAAUGGAGAUGGCAGCAGCUCCAUGCACGCUUUCCUUUUGCUAUGGAGCUGUCUUACCACUGAAUGAGGAAGCUCUUGAGGAGCAAGAUUGUGGUAUGUUGAGAUGUUUAUGCUCAUAAAUGAGCCCUGGAUCAGGAAGAAUGUGGCCAGUUGUACCAGCAGUCUUCACUUUCACUCCCAUACUAAACAUCAUGGAGACUUUAAGACAGGGGUCCCCAACAUAGUGCUUGGGGGUGCCAUGAUGCCUGCCAACACCUUUUCUGGUGCCCACCAAAUGUUCUUAGAAAGUGGGCAGGGCCAGGUGGGGCUGUUGCUCAGCAAGGCUUCUGAUUGGCCUUUGGAGAUUUGAUUGGUUGUGCAGAUUUUUUAAAAAAGUUACUUCAGCAGCAGCACAACACAAGGACUGUGUGACUGAAGGUAAGCUACAGCACUUUUAUGGCAGGCUCCACCUCCUGAGGCAGCCAUUUUGUGGCUGUGCUGACUGCACUGUGUCAGAAUUCCAAAGGUGCCCACAUGUUCAAAAAGGUGGAGGACCCUUGAUCUAGAUCAGUUUCUCAAAUUUCACAGUUUAUAGGAGAGAUUUGCCUUUACUCAGAUGGAAAAUAAAAGAAGCCAUGGAGCCGUAUCUCUGAUGGAAAAUAUCUCUUUUUAAUGGAGCUAAGUCUCAGAAGGAAAAUAAAGGAGCAAUGUAUGCUAUAUAGUAGAUAGACUUGCUUACAAGAUUAACAGUCCUGAGCAGAGUUAUACACUUCUAUGUCCAUUGAAGUUAGUGCACUUAAAAGAUUGUAAUUCUAGUUAGGAUUUCACUGUCAGGCACAAAUCCAAUAAAAAUUACUGAAGAUUUAAGUCCCACUGAAAAUUAUGGAACAAGUUAGUCAGAAAUAAUUUCAGUGUCAUUGCUUUCAAUUGGACAGUCACAAUGACUAAUUGAUCUGGACUGUGGCCAUACACUUCUGAUGCCAGCUCUGCUUUCAGGAACAUGUUUUGCUUAUUUCCAGAUAGUUUUGUAAUAUUAUGCUUAUGAGGUAAGGAACAUUGAAUAGGAAUGCUUGGGGCAAACAUGGCCAAUAGAUUGUUUCCUUGAUGGCUUGCACUAGAGGAAGAUGGGGGUGAUACAUUAUUGAAGUUAUAUUAGAAGUACUCUAUCAUCCCACUUGGCAAGCUAUCACUGAAAGCAAUAGAGCAAUGAAAGGUGGCAAUGUCAGAAACCCAGGGUAAUUUUAGAUGUUGCUUGAAUUCAAUAUGAUGAAGAAACAAGCUGGAGGGGAAAUGAAGGCACACCGUUUUCCAGCCUCUGAGCACACAAGCCAUGUGGAUGGAUCAGAUUUUGGCAAUUUUGUGUGGUAAUAAAUUUGUAAAGAUUCAAAAAGGAUGUAUUAAAAAUGAGUAGAUACCCUUGGUGCUGGUUAACUAUCGCUAUAUGAGUUGGUUCUGCAGUUUUCAUUUCACAUCUUUUGUUUCUUAUACAUAAAGCACCGACAGCAGGACUUCUUUUUGCACACUGAUUUAAUCUGUAUAUGUAUAAAUAUUGAGUGUCAUUUGUUUUUACUCUACAGUCUUCCCCUUCAAGCACCAUACUUAUCAAAAGAGUGUGUUUAGGAUGUUGUUGUCAUUUUUGAAAAUAUCUGUUGCAGACACCUUAUAAAAACAGAACCGAAUAAUGAUGGUCAGAUCUCUUAGGCAUUAGUAAUGAAGACCAUGUGGAACUCUUUCCUUGGCUUCAUGCUUCUUGAUUCAAAUAGUUCAAGAAAAGCAAUAUUUAAACUGAACAAAAUUUUGCAUUUUUUAAAUGCUUUCCAUAUAUAAAUGGAAUAGAACAGGUUGGCUGGCAUGCUUUCAUGAAUGUUUUUGUGGGGUUUUCGAGAGAGAGAAAUAAUACAUUUGUUUCUUGAAAUGUUAAUUGUUCAGUAUGAAAGACCUGUUGUUAACUAGGCUAAUAAAUGUCACAAAAAUGAGUGUCACAAAAAUGAA